GGGUCUGCUGUCCACGUCCUCCGCGCAUGUUCCACUUUUCCAGAAGAGAUUGCUGCCACAUAAAAAGUCAGAGUCAGUGUUUGUACUGUUAGAAGAAGCGUAACUUCUGUGGAUCCACGUAUCCCUCCGAAUGCAUAAAAGAGUAGAGUUGGCUAAACGUCAAAAGAAAAUGUAUCAGAAAACAAGAAUGUCGACAGACUCUGAAACCAGAUCAGACGCAUGUUCAGGUCAGCAGUCAGCUGUUCCUCUGGCUGUGGUUGAGGAGGUCUUACUGAACCUGCCAGCACAUCAGGUGGUCCAAGUCUGUCGGUUGGUGUGUCAUGAGUGGAAGGAGCUGGUGGACAGUGCUACACACUGGAGAGUGCGCUGUCGGAGAGAGGGGCUCCAGCCGAAUGAUGCUUCCAGAUCCCCAGAGGACUGGUGCCAGUUUUACUUUCUAUCUAAGUUCAGACGUAACCUGCUCAAGAAUCCCAGAGCUGAUGAUGGACUUCAAGGAUGGGAGAUUGUACAGAAUCGAGCUGACAACUGGGCAACCGAGUUGAACAGAAUACCGUUUCCAGACAACACAGUCACCAAAUGUUUUGUAACAUCUGAUAGUCUGUGUUUGAAGGAGCAGCUGAUUGAUCUGAAGGAAGAAGGCUACAGUGAGGCUUUCAUGGAUCAGCUGCGACCUCAUAUCAAAAUAUCAGACUGGUAUACCCCACCCUCUGGUUAUAGAAGUCAUUAUUGCUUGUCUGUACAGUUCCUUGAUCAGGAGAGGAAUCCCAUCAUUACCUGCCAUCCUGAUGUUUUCCGUCAACAGGGGAACGAUUAUCCAUGGUGUCAAAUUACCUACAUCUUUAGGAAUUAUGGUUCUGGGAUUAGAUUUAUCCGUUUCACUCAUGGAGGAAUGGAAUGGUCUGGAAUACGGGUUACUAACAGUAGUGUGGAAAUCUGUCCAGCUACAGUUUUCUAGAGUGAUUUUUUUUUUUUUACAUUCCUAAAUGUAAACGGCACAAAAGUGACCUACAGGUAUGGAAUUCUAAUGAAUUCUAAUUUGUCUUUAGGAGAUCACGUCUUUAUUAUACUGUAAAUCAGUGGUUCCCAACCUUUUUCAACUCGCGGUCAACACAACCAAUUACCACAAUUUCGAUUUUAUUCAUGAUUUUGACACACACAGAUAUGCUUUACAGUCAUGAAUGCAUUCAGGAUGAAUUUGAAAGAUAUUUCCAAAAGAAAACCAAUUAGAGCUUUAUCAAAAAGUUGUAACGUCUCUAGAACAGACAUAAGUCAAAAUAAUCACUACAGUAAACGUGUAACAAAAUGUAUAUAAAUACAUAAAUAAAUAAAUCCCAGGGACUUUUAUUUUUUUGCCAUGCAUUGUUCAUAGAGCUCAUUAACUGUAGCGGUGCCUCAGGUGUUGAAAUAGAUUUGUUAUACAUUAUACAGGUUCACACGUACUCCGUCUGCAGUGCCUAUAUACAGUAUGUGUAUGGAGUUCAGAAGCAGCAGCGAGAGCGCGUUAUUGUAACGCUAAAGCACAUUAAAAUAAUGCACGAGCAUGCGGAUUUCCUUUGCUCUGUCACAAAACCAGACAUGCUUGCUCAGAUACACACUGAUCUCACCCGGAGUGUGGCCACUUAAAAUGUGUCUCCUCUCACUUAAACUGCGUCCUGUGCACUCAGCUCUCUCUAUGCUCAUGUGCUAUUAAUUAUUUUCACUUGUUUUUAUUGCUAGCCUUUUACCGCAUGCAGUGUGA